AUGAACCUCGCUUCUGCCGUGGGGAGUGCAACGAAUAGCAGCGCGAGAAGGGUCGAUGCGGACGGUGCUGAUAGCAGCAACUCCUAUAAAGGUCGAAGAGAUGGAAGUCGAAGAGACGCUAGCAGUGGUGUCAGCAGUAGCUCCGAUAAGCACUGUUCCGUUACCAGCAAUGGGGCCAGCAGCGGCACUGAGGUGUUCCAGGAUUCGAUUGAAACUACCACGUCGGCGGGCGAUGGGACAGGAGGAGUUGGUGCGGCGGCGUGGGAUCGAGCGGUUGGGGAAAUCGGUCCUGAGAGGCUAGGAGCGGUGGAGGGUUUUGAGACGCCUGGCGAAACCGGUCUUGAGUGGUUGAGAGCGUCGUCGGAAGGAAGAGAGGGCGGAGCGUCGGAGGAGCGGCCGAGAGAGCAAAAGAAAAGCGAGGAAGAGGAGUUUUUGAGAGGGGAUGGCGGCUUUGGUGACCCUGAUGUUGCUGUGGAAGGGGGUGUGAGUGCUUCAGACAACGAGCGUGAAGUGAAUGAGGAGGAGAUAUUGAGGAGGGAUGGCGGCUUUGGUGACCCUGAUGUUGCUGUGGAAGGGGGCGUGAGUGCUUCAGACGACGCAGCUGAGUUUACUAGAGGCGAACGGUUCUGGAAUGGCGUUCCAGCGAGGCAGGCUAUAACGAGGACGGAUGGGGAGUAUCGGUGCUGCUAUGGAGUGCAGGUAGCGGGGUUGCCUCUGGACAUAUCAGAGGAGGACACGUGGCAGAUGAUGGAGGGGCGAGGAGGAGAGGUGGUGGAUGUGAGGCUGUACAAAGGGACACCUCUUGAAGAGUUCGGGCAGGUGGACGGCCUGCGGUUGGAGCAAUCUGCAGAUCGGGCAGCUGGGAAAACAUCGGAAGCGGAUAUCGGUGGACCUUUUGGCGAAUCAGAUUCUUUGGCUGCUCCUGAGCCACAGCUGCAUUCAGUGGUGACUUUCCAGUCAAAGGAGGCAUAUCAAGCAGCUCUGGCCACUCGCAUCGUGACACUUGGCAGCACCACAGCGCAUGUCCGAGCCUGUCCUGCAGGCUUGGAGCCACUGGUGGUCCGGUUCGAGUCCAAAAACACUCACCGCCGGCAGGCUCGGCACCAGGCUCGGCAGCAGGGGAGGCACUCGUUGGACUGUAGCGCCGUCCACUUCUGGCCGCAAGAUAUUCCGGUGCUGGCUGUGGAUUUGCGGGCGGCGGGAGUUGUGGAUGUUACGAUUGCGGUUGCGGACGGCAGCUCGCAGGGAGUGGCGGAGGUGAAAGAGAGGCUCAAGGCGGCGAGUCCCCAGUGGGCAGUGAGCCUCCCCUUCGACCCGCCCAUCAGCCCAUGCCUCCCCUUGGAGCCUGCUGAAGGCAGCGAGUCCCCAGUGGGCCGUCACCCUCCCCUUCGACCCGCUCAUCAGCCCCUGCUGCCUCUUGGAGCCUGGCUCAAGGCAGCGAGUCCCCAGUGGGCUGUGAGCCUCCCCUUCGACCCGCUCAUCACCCCCUGCUGGCCCUCGGAGCCUGGAGGCAGGGGAACUGCUUCCCUUAACCCUCUGCACCCCUCUGCAUCUCCCUCUCCACCUGCUCCACCACAGGCUCCAAGGCAGCUGAAAGCAGCGAGUCCCCAGUGGGCUGUGAGCCUCCCCUUCGAUCCCCUCAUCAACCCCUGCAUCCCUUUAGAACCCAGGGGAGGGGGAGCGAAGAAGCAGAGGGCGCGGCUGCAGAAGGUGCAAGAUAGGCUGGAUGGCAUGGGCUUGCGGUUACAGCGGUUACUGGUUCAGGUGGAGGAUUUAUCGGAUGUGAUUGGUCGAGAGGUGGCUGCGUUGGAGGGUGGUUUGGAUGGUGACGGGCACAGUGAUCGGUGUAGUAAUCGGCGGCACAUGCGAAAUCAAGCUCGCGAUACGAUGGGCACUCACUGUAGUGGGCAGGACGCGGCUCUGUACCAUUGUUUGAUGCGCACGCUGAUUCCUGUAACGUGCGUCACACGAUUCGAGUCGUGUCUGCCGCCGUAUCAUACGCCGCAUUUUGCGGACUCGUCGAAUCGCAUCGUGGCUAUCAAACGUGGAGAAAUGGAGAUCGAGGAGGAGCAGUCUCCUCCCCAGCACCAGCAGCGGCGCCCCGGAUCAAAGGCGGCACCGAUGGCGGCGUGGCUGGUGGAGGCGCGUGAUGGGUCGUUGAGUCUGAGCGAGGACGCGUUGGCGUUCGCCAUAGCGGAGUGGCGGAUGAGCGGCGCGACGAAAUCGGCACGCAUCCACCUUGUGCACGUCCUCACGCACAUCUCCGUCGAUCGCGACAUGAUGCGGCUGCCCAUCAGCGAGGUCAGCCCGAUGACGGCGGACACGCACGAGAAAAACAUGCGCGCGAUGCUUCUCGACCCGCUCGUCAAGUUCGCGCUAAAAAACGAGGCGGAUGUGGACAUCAUCGUCGUGCGCAAUGACGAUCGCAAGGCGGGGAUGCUGGAGAUCGCCAAGCAGCUCUCGCCACACCGCGUCUUCGUCUCCGCCAAGCCCAGCAUGUUCGGAAAGCGGUCCGCCAUAGCGAUCAUCGAAGCCUUAUCCGGGCCGUUUUUCGCGGCGCACCUCCCGGACAACGCGCGGCUCGUCGCGCUGCAGGGCAAGAAGGUUCUUAAAGACAUCACCAUUGGCAGCCCCGGAUCCUGCGCCGCGUCUCCCGUCGUGGAACUGGCGCGCGGGAAUGCUGCUGCGCGGGACGCGCACUAUCUCUCCGCACCCCAAACCCCCCCGCGAGGGUUUCUCUCCCCCGCAGGCUCGCGCAAGUUCUCCCCUCCGGCGGAGCGCGAACAGCGCGCCGAUUCCACCUCCCCGCCCGCGUCCUCCGCCAGCGCCAAUGGCGCUGCUGCUGCCACGUCAUCGUCGUCCGGAUCGGCCAAGCUGAGCGCCAAGCUGACGUCAUUCUGGCGCACGAGCUCGCAAGACUUGUCCGGUUCCCAGUCCGGCCCCCAGAGGAGCGAGUCCUUGGGAUCUCCGCCCCGCAGUUUAAAGUCCGCGUCGCCCGCGGACAGCAACAGGAGCUUCAAGCAGCAGUCGCAGCCGCGCCCGCCGUCGCCUGGAUACUUCGAUGCGUCGCACAGCAGCAAGUGGGGAGAGAAAGCGUCGCAGGGCGGCAAGAAAGCGCCGAUGAAGCCGGGAAUCGUGGUCGACGGGCGCGGGGGCGCGGAGGCGCACGGUCAGGGGGGCGCGGACGCGGACGGCCUGGAGGUGACUCUAGUAGAGGGGGAGACCCCGCGGUCGCGCGGGGGCGUACGGGGCGGAGCCUCGAUGCCCUUCCGCCGAUGCUCGGAGGAAGGCAAGGCGGCGGACGCGGGGCACGCGGAUGCAUCCGACGGUCCGUUCGACGGACGCAGCAGCACCACCGGUAGUCUCGUCGCGACGCGGCCGCCGCACAGGAACGCGCUCCCGUCUCUUCCCUCGAUUUCAUCGCAGCCCGGCUGUCUGCAUCUGGACGCUGGCACGGUCGCGGGAGCCACGGGGAAUUUCAGCGACCGCCUCUGCCUCAUGCCGCGCCACCCGCUCGUGCGCGCUUAUAACGGGUACAUGGGCGGGAUCCAGAUCGUCGCCGCGCAGAUGAGCGGCCCGGAUUGGCUCUCGGGCCCAGCAGAUCCCGAGUCUGCUUCGUCUGCUCCGUCUCCCUUUGAGGCUGCCGCGCAGCGGUUCAUUGCGCCACUAGAACACGCGCACAUCUGUCCGCUCCUCGGCUGCUCCCCGUCCCUCCGCUGCCUCGUCUACCCGCGCCCACCUGGCAGCACCUCAUUGGCCACUCGCCUCGCCUGCUGCGGCGCUGGCGGCGGCGGCUCUGGCGGUGCUAUGAGUCGAACGAGCAGCAGCGGGAGUCUGGUGCAUAGGAGCAGCAGUGCGGGCAGUUUCAAUAGUCCGGAUAGUAGCACAAGUGAGAGGUUUGUGGAGGGGAGUGCGGGAAAUGGCCCGGUUGGGACCAGGAGUCUGGGCGGUGGGUCUCUCAGGCCGCUGAGCUGGCAGACCCGGCUGAAAAUCGUGACUCAGACGUGCCGCGCGCUGACGUGGCUGCACCAGCAGUCGCCGCCUAUCGCGGCGGGGUGCCUGGGAGUGGAGACCGUGCUGUUGACUCGCGAUGACUCGUGCAAGCUGCUGCUGGCGGGUGUGGCUGCGCUUGCAGCGGACCCGGGGAAAAUGUCUGAGAAGUUGAAUAGAGAGAUGGGUAUGGAGGGGUAUAUUUGUUUGGCAGAGGAUGGGGGAGAGAGGAAGGGAAGGGAAGGGCUUGGAGUGGGCUGGAAUGAGGGUGGGAAAGAGAUAGGGAAGGGGCAGAGUGGGGGAGCAGAGGCAGGGGAUGUGUUUGCUCUUGGGUUGCUAAUGCUGCAUCUGCUUACAGGGUGGGUGGACGGUGGGGCGGUUCGGCAGCUUCUGGCUGCUUGCUGGGCGGCGGCAGACAUCCACCGGGCGGUAGAGGUGGUGGCGCGGGCGGCACGCCAGUCGUGUCAGAUGCAGCCGUGCUGUGAUUGGCCAGAUGGGGUGCUUUACUCCCUGGCAAUGGUUGCACUGGAGUGUGCUGAGGAAUGUCAGGAGUGGAGACCAGUGCUGGUGGGUUGUGUGAUGGAUCAGGUGCUGGAAAUUGAGGCUGAUGCUCAAGAGGGCUUGUAA